GUCUGAGUGCGGAGUGGAGGUGCUGAAACUCAGCCCUGUCCCUCCGGCGCUGUCCAUGGUGCUUCAGGCUGGCCGACUGAACAGCUGCAAACUCACAAAGAAGUCCUGUGAUAUUGUGGCCUCAGCUCUCCAGUCAUCAAACUCACCUUUGACAGAUCUGGACCUCAGCUCCAAUAACCUGGGAGAUUCAGGAGUGAAGCUGCUCUGUGCUGGACUGAGGAGUCCAAACUGUCAACUACGGAGACUGGGACUGAACAACUGUAAUCUCACACAGAAGUGCUGUAAUAUUGUGGCCUCAGCUCUCCAGUCAUCAAACUCACCCCUGAGAGAUCUGGACCUCAGCUGCAAUAACCUGGAAGAUUCAGGAGUAGAGCUGCUCUGUGCUGGACUGAUGAGUCCAAACUGUGAACUUCAGAGACUGGGACUGAACAGCUGUGUCCUCACACAGAAGUCCUGUAAUAUUGUGGCCUCAGCUCUCCAGUCAUCAAACUCACCCCUGAGAGAUCUGGACCUCAGCUACAAUAACCUGGGAGAUUCAGGAGUGAAGCUGCUCUGUGCUGGAUUGAGGAGUCCAAACUGUAAACUGCAGAGACUGGGACUGAACAGCUGUGUCCUCACACAGAAGUCCUGUAAUAUUGUGGCCUCAGCUCUCCAGUCAUCAAACUCACCCCUGAGAGAUCUGGACCUCAGCUACAAUAACCUGGGAGAUUCAGGAGUGAAGCUGCUCUGUGCUGGAUUGAGGAGUCCAAAAUGUAAACUGCAGAGACUGGGGCUGGGUUGGUGUAAUCUCACAGAGUGCUGCUGUAAGGUUCUGGCCUCAAUCCUGCGUUCUUCUCACUCAGAGCUGAGAGAUCUGGAGCUCAGAGACAACGAGCUGCAGGAUUCGGGAAUGAGAGCCCUCUCUGCUGGACUGGAGGACCCGCACUGUAAACUGCAGAGACUGGGGCUGUCAGGCUGUAGAGUCACACAGAGAGGCUGCGAUUUUCUGGCAUCAGCUCUGUGUUCAAAGCCCUCACACCUGCGAGAGCUGGACCUGAGAUACAAUCACCCAGGAGACUCAGGAUUGAGAGUGCUGUCUGCUGCUAAACUGGACACACUCACACUGCUUGUGGACCAUGGAGGGGAGAACAGGACCAAACCAGGACCCAGGAAAUAUGGCUGUCAGCUCACACUGGAUCCAAACACAGCGCACAGAAAGCUGUCUCUGUCUGAGGGGAACAGGAGGGUGACACACACACUGGGGAGAAAGGAGCCAUACCCUGAUCAUCCAGAGAGAUUUGAGUACAAGCCCCAGGUUGUGUGCAGAGAGAGUGUGUGUGAGCGCUGUUACUGGGAGGCUGAGUUCAGUGUGUCUGAGUGGGGGGUAUGGGUUUUUAUAGCAGUGACAUAUAAAGGAAUCAGCAGGAAAGGAGAGGGUUCUGACUGUGGGUUUGGAUUCAAUAAAAUCUCCUGGAGUCUGGAGUGUAAUAAACUCAGUUACUCUGUCUGGCACAAUGGGAACCAAACACGCAUACCUGCCCUCCCCCCCUACCGCAGAGCAGGAGUGUGUGAUGGUGCUGGUAGAGGAGUGUGUGUGUGCAGGGUAGGAGUGUGUGUGGACCGUCCGGCCGGCACUCUAUCCUUCUACAGCGUCUCUGACUCUGACACACUGACCCUCCUGCACAGAUUCCACACACACUUCACUCAACACACACCCCUCUGUGCUGGAUUUUAUGUGAGGAGAUCCUCAGUGUCCCUCUGCCAACUUGAGUAGAGACACACACAUUCUCACACACACACACGUGCACACACACAAACAUGUACACACACACACGCACACAAACAUGCACACAUAUGCGCGCGCACACAAACAUGCACGUGCACACGCAUACACACACACACGUGCGCAUACACACUCGCAUGCAUGCACGCACACACACACACUCUCACGUACACACACACACCACAUUCACAUACCCACUCACACUCAUUUACACAUACACACACACUCACGCAUACACACUCAGAUACACAUAGACACACACACCAACACCAACACACACACAUCCACACACACACACACAUACUCUCACACCCACUCACACACCCAAUCACACACAUGCACACACACACCUACACACAUGAACACACACAAUUUCUCGCACACACAAACACACACAUUCACCAGUGCACCCUCACGCGCACACACACAUGCAUGCAUACAUAAUACAUAAUACACAAACACGUGUCAACACACACACACUCCUCAGUGUCCCUCUGCUAACUGGAGUAGAGACGCACACACAUGCGCGCACACACAAACAUGCACACACGCAUACACACACACAUGUGCGCAUACACACUCGAACGCAUGCACACACAUACACUAUAUAUAUAUAUAUAUAUACACACACACACACACUCAAUCACACACUCACACACACACAUAUAAACACAUACACUCAUAUACACAUAGACCCACACACACCUGCACACACACACACACACACACACACAUAUAUACAAACACUCACACACUUAUAUACACACACACACUCAUAUACACAUACACACACUCACACAUAUAUAUACAUACUCAUAUGCACCUAGACCCACACACACGCACUCACACAGCUACACACACUCUCGCACACCCAGUUACACACACACACACCGUCUCUCUCUCACAUACACUCCAUCACACAAACACAUACUCUCACACACACCCUUUCUCUCUCAGUCAUGUACUAGCACUCACAAAUACACACACUCAUGUUUACUCAUACACACGCACUCACACACCAACGCACACACACUCUCUCACACCCAGUCACUCACACACACCUACACACGGACACACACAAUCUCACACACACAUACACACAUACUCAUGCACACACACAUGCAUACACAUACAUGCGUGCACACACCAUAUACACAUGUAUACACAAACAUUCUCAUACCCAUACAUACACACACACACACAUAUGUAUAAACACACACAAAUUCACAAUGGCACUGUCACGCACACACACAUACACAUACAUGCACUCAUUCUCUUGCACGCACACACACUCAAAUACACAGUCUCACACACAUUCACACAAACGCACGCACACGCACUUUCUCUUACCCAUACACACACACAUACUCAUGCACUCAAUCAUACUCUCACACAUACGCACACACACACAUAUUCUCUUACCCAUACACACACACAUACUCAUGCACUCAAUCAUACUCUCACACAUACGCACAUACACACAUAUUCUCUUACCCAUACACACACACAUACUCAUGCACUCAAUCAUACUCUCACACAUACGCACAUACACACAUAUUCUCUUACCCAUACACACACACAUACUCAUGCACUCAAUCAUACUCUCACACAUACGCACACACACACAUAUUCUCUUACCCAUACACACACACACAUGUUCACAUCCACAGUCACUCCCACAAACGUACGCAUGCAUGCACACACAUUCACAAAUACACCCACACAAACACACUCUCACCCAGUCACACACACGCACACACACACGUCGACACACUUGCAACCUUCCUUGACCAAUGCCUUACCACUGCAAUUUCAGCUGUGCCCAAUAUUAACCUCAGUACAGCUUAAACCCUGUACAUGAGAGUAUGAUCUUUUAGCAGGUUCAGGUUAAGCACUUGCUGUCUAAAUAUGAUUUUAUUUUUUUUACAUUUUUAUACGUUUAUAUUGAAAAUGUUCAAGGUGUGUUUAUGUACUUUUGAUUAUUAAAACAUCAAUAUAACAUUGAGAGUAAUAAUGCCAAAAGAUGGCAGAGUAAAAUGUUUUUGAAGUAAUAACUCUGUCUCCAGUAUCUGCAUCUUUGUAUAAAAGAAGCCAGUGGCAAACUCCUCCAGUUAACUGUGCAUUUUACUAGUUUUUACAGUUGCUUUCAUUCAUUUUCACAAGAGUUCCAAUGUGCAAAUUUCUGUGGGCAAAUGCAGCUGAUAGGGAGAAUGCAGAAUGAUCACUGCAGUGUACUUUUUUAAUUUCAUUACUGUAAACAAUGAUGAGUUUAGUUUCCUUAAUUGUUGGGUCGGGAUUGUUUUUUUUGUUUUUUUUUUAAAUCUGUUGCUUUAAUGUUUUGUAUUUUCAGACAACAAUCUUCAAUGAUUAAACCUGAAUUAUAAAAAAUAUCAGAUGUGUUGGUGUUAUGAUUCAUUGUUGUGUGAUGUAUUGAACUCCUGUGACACAGUAGUACUUAUUUCAUAUUCUGUAUGGGAUUAUGUUUGGGCUCAAUAUGAGUAGAUCAGCAUGGGGCUAAAAUCUGCACAGUUGAAGCAAUGAAAUUCAUUUACAGUAGUGGAAAUAAAAUCUGUUAUAAGACAA